GACCAAUUAGUAGUGUGAUGCUUUCCAACCGAGUUUCGUUUAUAUCUUCUUCAAUGCUAUUUUUCCAUUCAUCCCGUUGAAAACCAUAUGCUUGCCAAUCAUUUGGCUCAACUCCCAUACCUAGAUCUUCAUUCAGUUCCUCGUGAGAAGUAGAUUCCAGCGGAUCUACAUUUUCAAGAUCAUUGUCUUGAAAACUUCUAGAAUUAUCUGAUAAUACUCCAAUAUCAUCAUAUUCCUCGCGGGUAUCAAUUUGUUGAAUGGAAGAUUCGACAUCUGGUAUGCUAGUAUGAUCCUCGGCAUCAAUCUGAGGAACUUCAAGUAUAGGAGUACCGAGGUUAUUCUUGGAUCAAAAUAUUCUAAUCCAGCAGAUAUGUGGUCAUUUGCUUGCAUUUGUUUUAAGUUGGCCACUGGCGAUGUUCUCUUUGAUCCACAGAGUGGUGACAACUAUGAAAGGGAUGAGGAUCAUUUCGCAUUGAUGAUGGAGCUUCUUGGAGUGAUGUCUCGCAAGAUUGCAUUAGGUGGGUGCUAUUCAAGGGACUACUUCAACAGAUAUGGCGAGUUGAGGCAUAUUCGUCAAUUGCGCUUUUGGCCUCUUAAUAAGGUGUUUACUGAGAAGUAUGAUUUCAGCAAGCAAGAUGCUAAUGACUUGGCUGACUUUCUUGUUCCUUUAUUGAAUUUUGUACCUGAAAAGAGACUAAGAGCAGCACAAUGUCUCAGCCAUCCGUGGUUGAGUUAUGUCUCAAGAAUUCUUGAAUCUUCUGUAUCAACCCAUCAAAAUCAGCCCAAAGAUCAGGAGCUUCAACUAAAAGAAGCAAGAAGGACGAGAGAGAGAAGCUAUGGAGAUUGUAAUGGGAAACAUAACUAUUGAUGGAACUUCGAAAUCGAAGUCGUCGAAAUAGACAUGACCAGAAAUGGCAACG